GAGGGGCAUCGAGUCAGCAAGCAGCAGGGGCGACCCGCCAUCUGCGCUUUCGCAGGCGGUCGCGGUGGUCGCGGAAGGGGUGGCGCCCAGACCCUGGCUUCCCAUGGAGGCGCCUGAGCUGGGCCCAGGGCUGGUGGAGCGUCUGGAGCAGCUGGCGACGUGUCCGCUGUGGGGCCCCUUCGAGGACCCAGUACUUCUGGCGUGUGAGCACAGCUUCUGCCGCGCGUGCCUGGCCCGCUGCUGGGGGACCCCGCCGGCGAUCGGCGCUGAGGCGCCCCCCACCACCUGCCCCUGUUGCGGCCUGCCGUGUCCCCGCCGCAGCCUGAGGUCUAAUGUGCGGCUGGCGGUGGAGGUGCGGAUCAGCCGCGGGCUGCGGGAGAAGCUGGCGGAACCUGGAGUCCGCACCGGGAGACGUCGAGGGGGCCGCAUCCCGACCAUGGGCUGCCUAGACCCGCACGGAGAGGAUAUGAGGAAGACAUGGAGACGAUUUGAUGUCCCAAUGCCCAAGUCAUCUAACUCAGAGGAAGAUCUCCCUGAAGAUUACCCAGUGGUCAAAAACAUGCUUCAUAGACUGACAGCGGACCUGACCCUAGACCCUGGCACCGCACACCGCGGCCUGCUCAUCUCCACCGACCGCCGCAGCGUGCGUCUGGCCCCGCCAGGGACUCCGGCACCCCUUGAUGGCCCUGCACGCUUCGAUCAGCUGCCGGCGGUGCUGGGCGCUCAGGGCUUCGGGGCCGGCCGUCACUGCUGGGAGGUGGAGACGGCGGAUGCCUCCUCCUGCAGAGACUCUUCCGGGGAGGAUGAGGACGACCGGGAGAGCCGCUAUGCUGUGGGCGCGGCCGGGGAGUCGGUGCAACGCAAGGGCCGCAUCAGGCUGUGCCCCGCGGAGGCCGUGUGGGCCGUGGAGGGCCGCGGCGGGCGCCUGUGGGCCCUCACAGCACCCGAGCCCACCCUGCUAGGCGGCGCCGGGCCUCCGCCGCAGCGCAUUCGCGUGGACUUGGACUGGGAGCGCGGCCGCGUGGCCUUCUACGACGGCCGCUCACUGGACCUGCUCUUUGCCUUCCAGGCGCCCGGCCCCUUGGGAGAGCGAGUCUUCCCGCUGCUUUGUACCUGCGACCCCCGCGCCCCACUGCGCAUUGUACCAGGAGAAGGCUGAGUCACGUCCCCAACCCCCAUCACAGCAUGGCCCAGCCGCCUAGGC